AUGUGGUUCUUUUCUCACUCCUCCCUUUUCCCCUACUCUCUCUCUCUCUCUCUCUCUCUCUCUCUCUCUCUCUCUCUCUCUAUACCUUUUCUUUCUUUCUUUCUUUCUUUCUUUCUUUCUUUCUUUCUUUCUUUCUUCUCAGUCCGUUCAUAUCUAUCUCUUACUAUUCAUAUUUUUCUUAUGUCCCUAAAUUUCGUUUCCCCUUUUCCUCCUUUCUUUAUUUUCCCUUGGUGCUUUCUUUUUUUCUUUUCUGCUUUUUUUUCUGCACAACUUACUCUCCUUAUCUUUGUUAUCAUGAAAGCUUUACGUUUUCCUUCUGUUUAUCGACAGACUCUCAUUCAAACACUUGUUUAUUUUUUUCUCUCUUACUUUUGCCCUUUCUUUCUUUCUUUCUUUCUACAGUUCCUUCGACAUCUUUUACUUUUUAGCAACACCCUCCACUAUUCGUUUUCAACCGACAUCAUCUUAGAAAAAAAAAAACCCUCUAUUUUCUUGUUUUUCGCACGCAUUACUCCGAAAGCGUCCUUCCCCACUGACCACCCUUUCACCUUUCUGUUCUGCCACCGCUUCUUCUUUUUCUUUUUUUUAAAAAAAAAAAAAACUACAAACAUUUAUCUUUCUUUUCUUACCAUACUGCCAACUUUCUGA